AUGUUAUUGCGAAUAUCAUUUAUUCUAAUUUUAUGUUUUUUUCAAUUUUUAUUUUGUGAUGUAAUUGAUUGGUCAAAAAUCGCAACACCGCCACGAUUUAUACAUGAAACCAACGAAGAAAUUAUUUAUUUUACUGCUGAAUCAGCGCAGGCAGCAAAUGGACAAAAUUUAGAUUAUCUUAAGGAACGAACAUUAAAAUGUAUUGCUGAUGGAAAUCCGAAGCCUGUAUAUAGAUGGAAAAAAGAUGGGAAGCCAUUUAACCUAGAAAUGUAUUCGGAUCGAAUUGCUCAGAAACCAUCGGAAGGUUCAUUUGUCUUUUCAAAGUUGACUGCUGCUGAUGAAGGAGUUUAUCAGUGCGAAGCAACCAAUGAUAAUGGAACUGCUGUCUCCGAAAAAAUUAUUUUACAACAGACAUGGAUCAGAUAUUUUCCAAAAGCCGAACCUGAAAUAAUACGCGUUGAUCUUGGUGAUGCGUAUCAGCGAGAAUGCACUCCUCCUGAAUCGAAUCCACCUGCCAGAGUUUAUUGGAUUUUUAAGGUUUUAUUCAUCUUCUAA